GCUGCCGAGAAGAUGGAAAGCAAAGAUGGGGAAAAAGAGAUAGUUUCAGCUAAGAGAGCAGCAGAAUUGGAGGUGGCAGCUGAUACCGUGACUGGGGACGGCAGCAGGAAGAGCCUGAAGAGCAGCGAAGUUGCUCUUAGUCCAGAGGGGCAUCAAGUUGAUCAUGUGAUUCAGUAUGAAGCUCCUCCACUCCCCAGCUUUUGCUACGACCCUGACACCACUGUACCAGUCAGCUUUUACAUUCCAUCACUCGAGCAACUGAAAUUGUGGCAGCCCUCUAUUCAAGACGAUCAAUUCAACAGAGCCGUUAUCCCCUUAGCUCCGCGACAGCCUCCUCUGCAGUGUAAUCGGCCAAGGACGCUGGUCUGUCAUGAUAUGGCUGGCGGAUACCUGAGUGACAGGUAUAUACAAGGCACGUCUGAUGAGAAUCCUUUCACCUUUUACCAUUGGGUGUAUAUAGACAUCUUCGUAUACUUCAGUCACCAAAUGGUGACAAUCCCACCGGUCUGCUGGACCAAUGCUGCACAUAAACACGGUGUUGCUGUUCUAGGAACUUUCAUCACAGAGUGGAAAGAUGGGGCUGCAAUCUGUGAGGCAUUCUUGGAAAAUGAGGAGUCUUUCUGUGCAUUGGUGGAGAAGCUUGUGAUGAUUGCACAGUACUUUCAGUUUGACGGAUGGCUGAUUAACAUUGAAAAUCACUUGAGUCCCACUGCAGUAAAGAAUACGCCCAAGUUUCUUCGUCAUUUACGCACCAGGAUGCAGCAAGCUGUUCCUUGGAGCCUGGUUAUCUGGUACGAUAGUGUGCUGGAGACUGGUGUUCUUCAGUGGCAGAACGAGCUGAAUGAGCAAAACAAAGUUUUCUUUGAUUCCUGUGAUGGUAUUUUCCUGAACUAUAACUGGACGGAGCAGCAUCUUGAGCGAAUGACGGCACUGGUGGAGGGUCGUCAAGCUGACGUCUAUGUUGGAGUUGACGUGUUUGGCCGAGGAGAUGUUAUAGGAGGAGGGUUUAAAACCAAUCGGUCCUUUGAGCUGAUUCGGAAGUACAAUUUCUCAGGGGCUAUAUUUGCUCCUGGAUGGGUUUACGAGACUCUGGAUAAGGAAUGCUUCCAUCAAAACCAACUGAAGUUCUGGAGUUUGUUAAUUGAGUACUUGCCCACUCACAGCAUCUGCACACUACCCCUUGUCACAUCAUUUUGUCAGGGCUUCGGGAAGAAUAUUUACAGGAAUGGAGAGGUGGAGACCACUGGAAAUUGGCUGAAUCUAAGCACUCAGGAAAUUCAACCUUUAUUUGUUGAUCAGCAGCCGGAUCAAGUUGAUGGUCCAGUGAAGACCUACGGGUGUUCAGAAGAUGCCUGGAAUGGAGGAUGCAGUUUGGUAAUUAAGGGGUUAAUCCCUAGUACCAGGCCGGAAGUAUCUGUAAGGUUAUUUGGUUUGCAGGUCCAGAGUCCUCCCAAACUUUUUGUUGCCUUUAUUUACAAGCUACAAGAUGGCAGUGGAAUCAGUGUGAGUCCGGAGCUAACGACGUGCCCACUGUCACAGUGUCAUUCUGACAAGGUUUCCUCAGUCAAUGUACUGAAGCCAUUACCACUACCCGAGGAUAAUACCUUUGUUCGGAAGUUUAUUCAGAAUUGUGCUCCUUGGAGCCCUGAGGGAUGGACUUGUUGCUGCUUUCUCUUGGAGCUGACAGAAUGCAUUCUUCAGGACUUCUCUGUCAGCAUUGCCCGUGAAGUGAAGGAUGACAAGGACAUGCAAUUUAAAUGCAGAAUCGGAGAAAUCAAGAUUCUGGAUGCUGCCGAAUUAAGUGUGGAACAUAUUCCAGUUGAGAAGCUCACCAUUUUCAAUAUUUUAUGGAGAAAGGUACAUGAAGCUGAAGGCCAGCUGUCUCUGAGUGCCACACUGCAGUGGACUUAUCCUCCAAACACAGCAAGUUGCUUCAAGAUAUAUUGUCAAGGAAUAAGCCAAUAUCAAGACCAAAAGGUUGCUAAGUCUGAAUUGAUUUGUGUUGGCCGGACACGUGCAAACUUUUACCGUGUGGUGGGCCUGCGGGUUCAUAAUGCUCCAGUGGGUAAGGCCUGUCAGGUAGAGUUUCUAAUCCAGCCAGUGAGUCGGGCAGGCUUUUUGGUGAAUCAAUCAGCUUGGGGAAAGUUAACACUGAACUACAAACAUCCACACUGAAAAAGUGGUGUGCAGCAUUUGUCUUUUGGUGGUCGAUACACCAUAAGCGCAGACUUGCGCUGCUUUGUAUUUGCAUCUGGGGCUUUUCAGCAGUCUGUCAGCCUUUAUUGACGAUUGUGACUGAUGAAACAACUGUGUCACUUCCAUGCAAUUGUUACACAAGAACAGAAAGUUUGAAGUUUAUUAGUUGCAUUGAGACAAAUAUUUCUUGUUCCUGGCUAUUCUGUGUUUCUGAAUACUUUUUCUAUUAAAAUUAAGAAUUCUUUCCUGAGAAAGAAUGCCUUGAAUAAAAUAUCUUUAGAAUUUCUUGUAUGUUACUGUUAACUUAUUAAGCAUGAGCUUUAGUCUUUCUGUCACAUCUCUGUGGGCAACAUUUUCAAGCAUCAGUUCCUGAAACAGAGUGUACCUCAGUUUGUUAUGGUGUUGAUUAUAAAUCCAAUGUUGCACUUUCUUGGGUCUUUCGAAUUGCAAUCAUAUAAUUGUGCUCCUUACAUUGUAGAAAUAACACUUUAAGUCACAUUUCCAGCAGUAAUACUAUUUGAGAUCCCAAGUGAGAGGUUUUUGGGUCUAUAAAUCCUACAAGUUUCAAACCUCACUGGCUGUGAUUUCUGAGUUGCUGGAUUCUUUCAGUAAAGGCAGAUCCAUGAAACGGUGACUGAAAAGAUUUUCUUGGCAGCAGCUUCCUCUUUGUGGCCGCUCCCAUUUUAUCCAUUGAAAACAAUCAAUUAGCAAGGAUUGAUGCCAUGGAAACACGUAGAACUUUUCCUUUAACGUGCAGUAGCUUUCCCAAGGACAAAAAUUAUGGUAUUACUUAAAUUCAGUUCCUCAAUACAGUAGUCAGAUCUUUUUGAAUGUAGAAUUUGAAAAGUUGCAGCUCAGCAGUUAGUGACUUUCAUUUGUGUUUCUGAAAUUUGAGACCCUUGUCUGAAGUCUCUGCAACGUGGAAGCCAGUGCACACUCAAUUCUCCACUAUCUUUUGGGAGUGAAAAACAGCUUGUGGAUGCAUUCAUAGUCAUUGUCAUACUUUAUUGAUCCCUAGGGAAAUUGGGGAAUUCCUCUGACUUGCCAGCCUUCCAUGCCAUUUCAUAGGGUUUGUCCUGUGGGAUCAGAUGUUGGCUGACUACAUAUGACUCAUAGAGUAGAUCCAAAAUUCCUCAAGUUUACUGGAUGGGUAAGUGGUUCUCUCCCAGACAACACAGAGUCACUAGAUACUCAAUUGUCUCUGUUGGAUUGGGCAGGCUUCACUACUCACAAGCUUGACAUUAGACUCUCAAUAUACUCUAUUCUGAGUUCUGUUAUGAAAAAAAUUGUGAAUAUGAUCAAAGCAGAAAAGUAUUUGGGAUGGUAUUGAGAGCAGAGCCCAUGCAUCAGAGCCACACAGAAUCUUUAGAAGGGGUGUACCACCUCAGAGCCUAUCCACCUGCCUGCCCUGAGACAUGUAAUCAAAAACCUUGGAAAAACUUCUAUAGCUGUCUGGUGGAAAGUUUAUUGACUAAUGGCAUUAUGGCCUGGUAUGGGAACACCAGGGCUGGUGGUGUAGUGGCAUCAGCACUGGACUUCAAGGCAGAUGGUCUUGAGUUCAAACCCCGGCUACUUCCGUAUCUUGCCAUGAAAAUCCUGUGGUCCAUGAGGUCAUGAAGAGUUGGACUCGACUUAAGGACUGAACAACAACAAAUAGGAACACCAAUACCUUUGAGUGAAAAAUCCUAUGAAAGCUGAUAGUUUUGUCCCAGUACGUCACAGGUAAAGCCCUCCCAACCAUUAAGCACAUCUACAUGAAACGUUGCUGUACAAAAGCAGCAUCCAUCGUCAAAGAUCCUCACUGCCCUGGCCAUGCAUUUUUCUCACUUGCUGCCAUCAGGUAGAAGGUACAGGUGCCUCACACCACCAAGUUCAGGAACAGUUACUACCCCUCAACCAUCAGGCUUUUCAACAAAAGUGGAUAGCUGCACUCAUUCUACUUCAGGUGUUCCCACAGCCAAUGAUCUCACUUUAAGGCAAACACGAGAAAAUCUGCAGAGGCUGGAAAUCCAAGCAUCACACACAAAAUGCUGGUGAACGCAGCAGGCCAGGCAGCAUCUCUAGGAGGAGGUACAGUUGACGUUCCGGGCCGAGACCCUUCGUCAGGACUUACAGUCGAUGUUUCGGGCCGAGACCCUUCAUUCUGAUUAAGGGUUUUGGCCCGAAACGUCGACUGUACUUCUUCCUAUAGAUGCUGCCUGGUCUGCUGCGUUCCACCAGCAUUUUGUGUGUGUUGCUUGCAUCUCACUUUAAGGACUCUUUAUCUUGUUAUUUCAUGCUCUUGUUAUUUAUUUCUAUUUGUUUAUAUUUGUAUUUGUGCAAUUUGUCAUCUUCUAUGCUUUUGCUCUUUCAUUAAUCCUGUUUAUGGUUACUGUUCAAUUGAUCUGCUGACUAUGCCCACAGGAAAAUUAAUCUCUCAGGGUUGUAUGUGGUGACAUGUAUGUACUCUGAUAAUAAACUUACUUGGAAGUUUGGAAGGAAGACAUCCUUGUUCCUGACCAAAUGGCUGCAUUAGGAAGACUGUUUCCUGUUAUUUCCUGACAGCUGGGCACACACAGAUUACCUGCUGGCUCUCAGGGUAAAAUGAUGGAAUUGUGGCUGUAGGGGAACAAAUGGUAAAAAUCAAAAGACAGCUCUGUGCAACACAAUCAACAAAUUCAGCUGAGAGGUGAGUGGCAGGAGAGCCUCAUCCGCAAAGUGUGUGAGGAAAGAAGAGUUCAACCUUAGUUGGGACUUUACUUGCUCAGAGAACAGUAGGUCCAUGGAAGAAGUUAACAGUCUGUAGAGUGAGGGCUGAUUCAAUUUGUCUGUUGAUAGUGCUGCUAUGCUUCCUGUUUAGGGUUUGCAUUGAGCCAGAAGUAGGUACCAAAUAAUGUGUGAGAAACAGUUCCCAGAAAGGAUCAAAGGAAAACUUUCCGAUUAUUAAAUUCCUCCAUGGAAAAUGCAAUGUAACUCAGUAGGUAAGAAAUCAAUAGUGUAUGUUGUUGUCCCUUUUCACACCUUGAGCAUUUUUUUUUGCCAUUUCCUUAACACAUAACCAGCACAAAUGGAAAGGGGCCAACUUCCAACCUUGGAUGCUUUCAAGAAAGAGAUGGAUAGAGCUCUUAAAGAUAGCGGAAUCAAAGGUUAUGGGGAUAAGGCAGGAACUGGGUACUGACUGUGGAUGAUCAGCCAUGAUCACAGUGAAUGGCGGUGCUGGCUUGAAGGGCCAAAUGGCCUACUCCUGCACCUAUUGUCUAUAACUGGGUUUGAACAAGGUACCAUUCACCUCAAAGUCCGGUGCUGAUGCCACUACGCCACCAGCCAGCUUAUUAGUUUAUGAGCAGUAGAGAUAGGCCAGCUGCUUUUAUCCUGGUCAACAUGUUUCUAUGCUUAUGUGAAGUAGGAGGUUACUUGGGGAUGAAACAAAACCAAUUUCGCAGAGAUCACAUUCUGAUAACUUUUUGUCUAUUAUCUUGAUGGUCUGUCUCUGCACUUCUCCAGCUCCAGGAUGAAGUGGAACACGGAGAAAGACAUCUUCAUGGGGUCCAAAAUAGAAAUGGCAGUCAGAGGCUGGACAGAAAUCCCAGCAAGACUUAAGUGCCACUCAAUUUGUGGAUUAACUGAAGCUAAUACCCUUUAGCAACUUGCCAGAUGACGCACACUUAACCAUUUCUUACUGAUGGCCACUUCAGUAAGGGCAACUACUAAUAGAAUUCUCUAGGAUGUUGCCUGGUUAUUUUUGUCACUGAGUAAUUAGCCUGAUGUUGUAUUUUUAUUUUCUCUGUUCUUUUUCUCCUUUUCAGUUAAAUUCACUGACUUCCCAGCUGGAGUUUCAAGAUCACAAGAGGUGUUAUAUAUUUAGGAGUUAAUUUUUCCUGCAUUAGAGUGGAUACUGCAGACAGCAAUACAUCAGGGUUGCAUGUUCAUCCAUCUUCCAUACAUGCAGAGCAGGAGGUCAAAACUUAGAUGAGAGCCCCAACAUAUCUGCUUCUUCCUCUUUCAUCUUCCAUCCCUGGAACCAGUCUUACUGUUGACUCAACAUAUUCCAAAGACGUGUGCUUCUGACCUCUUGAGUUUUGCUCCAACUGAACACAAUGGUAAAAAUUUUUCCUCUCAAACUUUCAAGCUAUCAAGUUGCACUCCAACAGGCUGGCAUUGUUAGCCUGGUGUAAGCAGCUGGCAGGCAAAGCACACCUUGUUCAGUUGGUCUGUGCAAUUGAUCAAUUUUUUGUGAUCUUUAAAGGUUGAGGCACGUUAAUACACCCAACUCUGGCUAAAAUGGAGGCAAGUUGAAUUAGGGUUGAAUCUCUUUAGACUGUGCAAACAAAGAGGUCAUGCAUAUAGGAAGGGAAAGCGAAGGGCCGGGUGAUUUUUAGAUGGAAACAUCGUUCCUGCUAUUUAUAAAUGUAAUUACUAUCUCCAACUUCCAGAAAAAAGAACACCACAUAAUUUCACUGGAUACAAUACUCCUUCCUUCUGACUUGACCAGAGGAAUUACAGACAACACCAGUGUUAUAAGUCAGCAGUCUACUUCAGUGUUUCCAUAGUCUGGUUAAUAAUGAGCAGCUAAUUUUACUUUGGCGUUACUCAAAUAACAGCUUUAACAUUGUGUAAUCUUAAAAUUUCUGCAUCUUGGUAUUUCUGUAAGCAAUUUUAUUCUGUAAAGUGUCAGUUUUACAAAGCAGCAGGUGUAGCAAUCUAUUAAAAUGAUUACUUUAAAAAUACAAUAUUUAUUCCUCUGUUCCAUACUUUCUUUUCCAAGGCUGGCAGAUGAAAUGCUAUUCCAGCCAUUGAACAUUAACCUCUGUAAAACAGCUCCCUCUCUUGGAUUGUUCUGUAAUUGCAGAAUUCAUUUACCCUUGUUUGGCAGAACUACUAGUCUGCAGUUGUGGUGAGGUCAGGAAGGGAAGGGCAAUCGACAGAAGAAAGUUAUUUUAA